ACGACGCCGUCACUCCCGUCUCCCGCCCUCUCGUGCCACUGCCAUGGCACUGGCGCCGCGUGUGUCGCGCGCCCUCCGCCCCGUCCCCUCCGCAUCCCCCUCCCCGCCGCCGCCGCGCUCCUCGCCUCGGCAUCGCCUCUCCCGGUGCGCCGCUUCCUCCAGCUCCACGCGCACCUGCUCCGCACGGGCGUCCUCCCCCUCGCGCCCGCCGCCGCCGCCGCGCUCCUCUCACUCGCGGCCGCCUCCCUCCCGCCCCUCCGCGCGCUCGCCGUCCUCCACCACCACCUCACCCCGGCCUCCGUCCCCUCCACUUUCUGCUGCAACUCCAUCCUCCGCUCCCUCUCGGAGCCCAGCGCCCUCGGCUUCCUCCGCCGCAUGCGCGGCCUCGGGCGCCGCGGGAACGCCUUCUCCCUGGCCAUCAUCCUCAAGCCCUGCCGCACCCUCGCCCACGCGCGCCAGCUGCACGCCAACGUCGUGGCCGAGGGCCACCUCCGCGACGCCCUUCUGGCCACCUCGCUGAUGCGGUCCUAUGCCACCUGUGGCGCCGGGGACAGCGCGCGCAAGGUGUUCGACGAAAUGCUUGUCAAGGACACCGUCGCGUGGAACGUUCUCAUCACUUGCUACGCGAGGAAUAAGAGGACGAAGGACACUCUGAGGCUCUUCGAUGAGAUGAGGAAAGGUGAUGGUGAGGCGGGGCCGGAUGAGGUGACCUGCAUUCUGCUCCUCCAGGCAUGCACGAGCCUGGGCGCGCUCGACUUCGGGGAGAAGAUCUGGGAGUAUGCGGUGGAACAUGGUUAUGGUGGCGAGCUGAAGGUGCGCAACUCAUUGAUCACGAUGUACACGAGGUGCGGGUGUGUGGAGAAGGCGUACCAGGUUUUCUGUGAGACUCCUCGGAAGAGUGUGGUCACAUGGAGUGCGAUGAUCUCGGGAUUAGCAGCAAAUGGCUUCGGGGAGGAUGCUAUCUUGGCAUUUGAGGAAAUGAGUAAAUCAGGUGUUGCUCCUGAUGCGCAGACUUUUACUGGUGUGCUCUCUGCAUGCAGCCAUAGUGGGUUGGUUGAUGAGGGUUUCAGGUUUUUUGAUAUGAUGCGCUGUGAGUAUCAGAUGAUGCCAAAUGUUCGCCAUUAUGGAUGCAUUGUUGAUCUAAUGGGCCGUGCUGGGUUGCUUGAUGAAGCAUACCAGCUUGUGGUUAAAGAGAUGAAGGUUGCACCUGAUGCGACAAUUUGGCGAACUCUUCUUGGUACAUGCCGGGUGCAUGGUCAUGUUGAUCUUGGAGAGAAGCUCAUCAGUCAUCUAAUUGAACUGAAAGCGCAGCAAGCUGGUGAUUAUGUUCUACUGUUAAAUACCUAUGCGGCGGUUGGGGAUUGGAUAAAGGUAGCGGAAGUUAGGAAGUUGAUGAAGGAGAAUGGAAUCCAAACUACCCCUGGCUGCACAACUGUAGAGCUUAACGGUGAGCUCCAUGAAUUUAUUGCAGAUGAUGAUUCACAUCCAAGAAAGGCUGAGAUUUACGGGAAGCUUGAUGAGAUAAACAGGCAUUUGAGAAUUGCUGGUUAUGUUCCAAAUGUGUCAUCUGAGUUGCAUGAUUUGGAUUCAGAGGGGAAGGAAUGUGCCCUGACCUAUCACAGUGAAAAGCUAGCAAUCGCUUUUGCUCUUCUUGUGAUGCCACAGCGUAGACCAAUACGGCUGGCAAAGAAUCUCCGUGUUUGUGUAGAUUGCCACAAUUUCACGAAGGUAUUUUCUGGCGUUUAUAACCGAUUAGUGAUUGUAAGAGACAGAACCCGAUUUCAUCAUUUCGAGGGAGGCCAGUGUUCAUGCAAUGAUUAUUGGUAGAGCAUCCUUUAUGGUGGAUAUCAAAGAUUUGAAGUGUCCAUGCACAUUUGAUGUCAGGACCUCAAAUUUGCAACCUUGAUACCAAAUGACACUUGAUGACCAGAUGUGAUGUGAUUCAGUGAUUGCCAGGCAUUCUACUAUUAGGGCAUAUCGACCCAAUUCCACAAGGAAAAAAACAUAAGUUGCUUUAUAUGGACUGCAGUCACAUCUGUGUGCAGGGUCUUCCCUCAAAGAGUGAUGUCUGAGACUUGGCAGUGGUUCAGUUAGAAAGACUGUACAUGCUGCUUAUAGGAGCACCCUUGUAAUAAGCAUGCUUUGUUGGCAUGCAAUAUAGGACAUCCUUGGCUAAAAGCGGAACAGAAAGAGAUGACGGAUUGUGGCAGCUUCUUGUUGGUCUGACACAUCAGGUUUCGUAGACAAGCACUACAAGCACAAACAGUAAGCAUAAUAAAGCCAAUAUCUGUGUAAGCCUGAGAAUUUUGACUAAGCUUGGCUAUUUCAGUUUGGCAGCAGUGAUUAUAUUAAAAUCAAGUCAGUAAACCUCCAUACCUAUUUUCAAGGACCAUUGGCAUUAUAUGCAUGACAAUGCGACAAUGUUGAAAUGCAAGGCGCUCAAUUGCAGUCAUCUGAACAAGUUGAAAAUACAUGGUUCAUUGAUUCCCCAUAAGUAAUACUUUGAACAGCAGCACCAGUAUCCUUCUGCAUUUUCUUUGACAGCAAUUCUGUUUCAGCAGAGCUUGCUGUACUGACCAAUUCUGUUUCAGCAGCAGCUCGAUGAAUUCAUGAUCGUUGAUGUGAUACUCAAGAGCUUCACAAUCAGAUAGCAGGAGAUGCAUUUUCCACUGGCA